GUAGAUGUAAUUUUGCAUUAAACUUCAUGCAUGUGUUUCACUAAUAAUAUUGCUAUUUUGUUGGUAAGAAAUUAGAUCUAAAUCUAAUUAUUUUUAAAAGAGGCUCAGUCACAGCUGAUCGGAUCGAUCACAUGACCAUUGUUACUAACAACAUGGCGGAUGCCCGAGCUCCUCGUCUGUUAAUCGACCUUAAUAACAUAUUUCGAAAAGAUCCAAAUAUAGAUGAGUAUGAUAUUUUACCAGUAGUCGAAGCUACACACAACAGGUCUCCAUUUUUUGUUGAAAAUCACAAGCUUGGAGUUGAAGCAUGGGCAGUUAAGCUGCUGGUGAAAUAUUGUGCUAAUAGACUUAUUGGAUGGAGGGGACAGAACAGUUCAGAAAAGUGUCUAGAUCCUGUUGAAGUUUCUCAUCUGAGCAGAGCUGUGUUAUUAUUCAAUCCAGAUAACUACACAGCUUGGAAUAUUAGGAAGGAACUCAUAGAAAGUGGAUACCUAUCCAUCAAAGAUGAUCUUUCAUUUGGGGUUCUCAUCAUCUCCAAGCAUCCCAAAAGCCCAGAAACAUUUAUUCACAGGCGAUGGCUCUUUCAACAACUUCUUGAUCAUUGUUUGUCAUCAAGCUCUGGUAGCAACAGUUCUUCUUGUUCAAAUGUACCUGGACCUAAUAUGGAAGUAACAGCAACUGUGGAAAGUAUUGAUUUGGAUUUAAAUGAGCCCACAGAGACAGGAUUUUUCAAUGGGGCAUUUUCUUUAGAGGCUAGUAGGCUACUGAAAACACAGACACACUUGGAGCUAGAUGUUUGUGCAACGGCAGCUGAACGAUAUCCUUGCAACUACCACGCCUGGUCUCAUAGAAUUUGGAUUGUGAAAUAUUGUCUUAACUGUUCUUUGCAGAUACUACUAAAAGAACUGAAGUCAACAGAAAAGUGGACAUCAACACAUAUAUCAGAUCACAGUGGCUUUCAUUACAGACAGUUUUUACUUACAGAAAUUCAUGCUAGAAAUGACAGGUUUUCAUCAUUACACUCCCAGAACUCAACAGAUCUUUUUGUUAAGGAGAUGGUGUUUGUUCGUGACCUGAUUGACACCUACCCAGGUCAUGAAGCUUUGUGGUACCACAGAAGAUUUGUGUUUCAAUCCCUCUUAAGGCCUGAACAUUUGGAAUUGAGUGCAAGAUGCUGUCAUUUACACCCGAGAAAUGGACAUGCCCCUGCAUGUAAUGAGGUGGAUCAGAACUUCAAAACCAUCAAAUCAUUUUUAGCUGCUCAGGAAAUUGAAUCUGUCACAACCAAAGAAGCCAGCUGUUCACACAAGUACAAUCAAAUGUAUUGUAAGAAAUUUGUGCAAUGGAUUCAGAAUAGCUUUUUAUAAAAUUUACUACAUUUCAGAAAGUUUACUUUUCUCCGUCUGGGAAAAAAUGGUUAACUUGAAGAAAAAGGAACUAUAAAUAUUUGUGAUGGUUUUAGUUUCUAGAACUAGAUUUUAUUUAAAAUGUGGCUUUGUUUAGAUUUUCUAGUCAUAAUGGAAAUACCACUCAAACAAGGGUAAAAAAAAAGGGCAUAUUAACCUUUUAGUUCAGAAUUGUUAAAAAGUUUAUUUCUUUGCAGCAUAACUUGAUCCACAUAAUUUUUAAUCAAAUCAUGCCAUUGAAUGGUUCUUGUAUACCCAAAUAUUGUUUUUAAAAUACGCCCUAUUAAGGUAAAAAUAUUUUAUAUUAUUUCUCGUUUUACCUGAUAUGAGCUUUAUCUUAAAAUAUUUUCAAAAAUAUUCCUGCAUUUACUUAGAUUUGCCAUAUUGAGUAUUGUUGCUGUUGUGUUUACCAUGUAGAUGAAAAUGCUUAUCUGUGAUGACAGCUACUAUCCACAGCUUAUAAAUAAUUUAAUUGAAUGUACAUUUAAACUUUACCCAUUUUCCAUUUCUUUAAUGUAUGUGCACAUUGCAGCCAGUUUUAUUUCAUGUUUCUAUAACAAUAUAUAGUUUAUUAAUGUUUGCAAUGUUUUUUUUUUUAAAUAUCAUGUUUAUCAAAAAGACUAUUUUAACAUGACAACAGUUGAUCUUGUACAUUUCGAUUUUAAUCUUGAUCUAUUUGAAUUGUGUUCAAGAUUUUAAUGCUGAUUGUAUUUUAGCCUAGCCAGGUUGUUGUUUUUGUUGUCCCUGAAAAGCAUUUAUUAGCUCAUUUCUCACUUCAGCAUCAACACCUAGCCUCCAUUUACCUGCAAAAGCUACAUGCAUUAUACCUUUUAAUCAAACCCCUAGAUCUAAUUAACAUGAGUAAGCAGCAUGGGAUUGAACAAAGUUUUAAAAUUUUCUUGUUAUUUUUUGUGUGUGAGUUUUUUCCCAGCUCAGGAAUUCAUUUUAAUGCAAAACUUAGCUUAGUUCUUAGAGUGCCUAAUAUCUUCUAUUCACAAAACAAUGUUUUAGUGCUUCACAGAAACAUUUUUUUUAUAAACAACAAUUACAAAACUAUUUUAUUUUUUAAAAGUUUUAAAACAAUAACUCCUUUACUUUGAAUACAAUUUUAGUAUUGCUAUGAAGUUUUAACAUUAAAGCUUUAAUACAAGUGUGAUGUUGUUUAUAAUAAAAAAACACAAUUUUCUUCUUCAUCAUCAUUAGUCUAGAGCAUAUUUUAUAGCUGCUAGUACAUUCCUUUCUGCAAGUAGUGAGUUGUGAUUAAAAUGUUACCAUAAGGUUGUUGCUGUGGAAGAUGCAUUGUAUGGUUUUUUUUAAUAUGGCAUAGAUUACUAGUAUUUAAAAUCAAAGUAAAAUUUACAUAGUAAAGCUUCUGCAAUUUGUUACCUAAAUAAAAAAAACAAUUGCAAAUAUUUUUAAUUUUUGCCACUCUAGCAGAAGGUAUUAUCCUGUUUCAGAAUGUCUUUUCAUAACUGAAUUUGUUCUCUUGAGAAAUUUUAAAUUUAUAAAGUAUAAUUUUAAAUUCAUGAAUGUAUAAUAAAUAACCUAAAAAAAUUGCCACUCUUAGCAAUUUACUUGUAAAAAGUUUUUUGAUUCAGUUAUUUAUAAACAAUUUCAUGAGAUCACUCACUGGCAGCAUAAAACAGUCUGUUGGUAAACAAUAACUUACAAACCCAUAUGUGUUUAGUGACUAAAGUCACCUAUAAUGUCAAUAUAAAUUGAAUUUUUUUUCAUCAGUGUUUGAUAUUUAAUUGCCACACUUGCAAUGCAUUUAUUGAAUUUUAAGUAAAAAUACAUGAAGUUUAUGAAUUGUUGUGGGCCUUGUGCUAAAUAAUAGCACAAAACUGAAUCUCUUACUUCAAGUUCUCAUCAUUUGAGAAUAUGUGAUAGUCUUAGACUAUAUAUAACUAUAUAUAGACUAUAUAACGUACAAGCUCAGAAAGAGGAUAGAUCUGGAAUAAAUUGCUGGUAAUAUGUUGUUGAACUUUGUCUCAUACUGUUAAUCUUGAGAUGAAUGCAAAUAGUUCAUUACAAUAUGCACCUUAAACAUCCGCCCCAUUGCUUUCAUUACUUGGUAUCUGGCUUAAUCCUCUAGCUGUACAAACUAAGAAAUAAUGUUAAAAUAUAUGUUGUUGCAUUUUUACUAUCAGUUAUUAAUAAAAUAAUGGGUAAUAUUAUGUUAAUUUUUAAAGCAAAUGAAUAAUUUUACUUAUUAUUUAAUUUAUGGAAAAAAGUAUACAUUUUUUACUACAGCUUAAAAAUUUAGUUGCAUAUUUAAUUUACUUAACAAAUUGAAGUGUUCUAUUAGACAAUGCAUGAUCUUCUUCCCUCUUCACAUUAAAUGGUGUGGGGCUUUUCUGUAUUGUUGAAUGAAUUGCUAAGCUGCUUGCCAACAUAAUUAACUGAACAAUUUUUGUUCAAAAUCCUUGAAAAUAUUAACCAACCAUCUCGUAUUGAUUAGCCAGACUUCCAUAUAUAGAUACUGCAUAUUUCCAAACGCCUGAUAAUGUCCUGUUAUAUACAAAAAUACAGCACUAGUUUUUCUUUUCUAAAUUACAGUACAACAAGCUAUUUGGUGCACUACUUUACAAUAUAUACUAUUUGUAAAAAAUUAUUUUUACAAGAAUUUUUUUUCAAAAUCAAUGCAAACAUUCACCAGGACAGCAUUUAAAUGUGUCAAUAUUUAAGUAAUCUCAUUUAAAAAAAUAUUUUAAAGGUUAUUUAGUGAAGUACAUUCUUUAAACUAUCCCUGCAUUACAAUAUUGUCUUGAAAUAAUCAUGAACAAAUAAAUAGUUUUGUAACUUCAACAUGUGGUUUUAUUUUUUUACUGAAACCAACUAGUUUUAAGUAAUUUUU